AUGCCCAGUGACAAAGAUGUACCCAUUCCUACUGGGUCUCACAACCCCAAUCUAGGGUAUGUUAUAACACCCGCAGGGACAUCUAAUAAUGAAGUGGUUUUCCGCGCUGAAUUUGAUUCUGCUACUGAUAUGCAGUCGCUGAUUGACACCACCACGUCUCAGGCUAUGACUAAGGCCCUCACAUCGGCCAUGGGACUGACGUCUGAGUCAAUUUCUCAGACCCUUACACAUGCCUUGCUUGAAGCACAGAAAUCGGCUCAGCCGACCGUUGACCAGGCUUUACCUAGUGUAACCCCUGCACAACCUCACAUUGGCCGCAAAGCCAUGGCUAAACUUAAACAUUCCUCAAUCUCACAGAUGGACAGUUAUACACCUGGCACAGAUGGCGCGCCUAAUCGGCCACCGCGCAAAAGAGCCAAUAGCAGGGCAAAAUCGGCUAGACUUUGGAAAAGGGGAAAUGCCCAACUAGAUUCUGAGUCAGAUCUCAGCGAGAUUGAGGAGGAGACCUAUAUGGAUCCGGAGGAUCCCGAAUCAGAUAGCCUGGCUGAAGACGAUUUCCGAGAGC